AUGACCGAAAAGUCCGACAUGAAAGAUUUGCGGCGGACUGACAGUGGCAUGCAGCGUCAGUUCGCCGCCAUUAUUCACGAUGCCCAGAAAAAGUAUGCCGAGUCGUCCGAUCAGGACCUCUCUGAUUACAUGAACCCGCCGAUGACCUCCGUCGAGGACAUGCUCGCCGUCAUCGCCCGCCAGAACAAGCAGUUCGAGUCUUUCCGCGCCAAGAGGCAACGCAUCUUCUCCGCCCUGUCUGCAGCCCUGAUGCCCAUCGAGGUCGUCGGUGAGAGUCUGGCUGGCGCUGCCUCCGAGGUGUUUGCGCCUAGUCAGAACAUUUUUGCCGCUGUCAUGUACCUCGUCAACGCUGCCAAGGACGUGUCGGCCUGCUACGACUCCAUUAUUGAGCUGUUCGAGAAAAUGCAAGAUUUCACAUCCCGUCUGAGGUUCUACGUUUCUCAGCACUUGUCUCCCGAGCUACGUGACAAGCUCGUCACCAUUCUCGUCACAGUCUUUGAGAUCUUCGUCUUGGCCGCCGCCGAAGUGCGACGCGGUCGCCUCAAGGCCUACUUCAAGCGUCUUUUUGGACACGAGAGCCCAGUACCCGAGGCACUCAAGCGCUUGGCUGUCUUGACCGAGGCGGAGGGCCGCCUCGUCGGUGCCGAGACAAUGGCUGGUGUGAAGCAGUCACUCUCGAAUCAAGAGCGUCUCCUCGAGAUGAUGACCAGGGUUGAUGUUAACGUGCAGACGCUGCGUACCGAGACCAGAGAGCAGGCUCUCAACUCCAACCGCGACAAGCUCCGAGACAUCCUGCAGCCAAGUGUCUUCCCGCAAGACACGUAUGAAGCGCUCGAUCGCACGCGCACUCCGGGUACCUGCGAAUGGAUUCUGCAGGAUCCCGCUUUUGAUGCGUGGCUGUCUGGGCAGUGUCGCUUUCUCUUCUGCUGCGGCAACCCAGGCACCGGCAAGAGCCACCUCACAGCACGCUUGGUCCGCUGGGGGUUCCGCAUGAUGGAGGAACAAGAGACGAGUCACAUGCUGGGCUACUUCUUCUUUCGGCAGACUGACCCAGAGACACGGUCCGUGAUUCAAGCUCUCAGAGACAUCGCGUAUCAGGUCAGCGAGGUCGACGUUUUCUACGGAAAGCAGCUCCUGCGUAUCCUGUCUAGCAGUGACGACAUCAAAACCGUCUCCAGUGCAUUCCGACGCUUGCUUGUUGAGCCUUGCAUUCCCGACCGAUGGCAGCGCAACAUCUACAUCCUUCUUGACGGUGUAGACGAAGCGGAUCAAGUCCAGUUGCGUGAGUUCAUAUCGCUUUUGGAUGGGCUCAACAAACAGUCUCCAGGUGGCACCAGGGUCCAAGUUGCCCUCUUUGGACGCAACGCCAUGUCCGAGACGGUUCUGCCACCUCUCCAGAAUGACUCGACCAAUGGCCAGCAGCUUCGAAUUCUGCAUGUCACCGCCGACCGUAACGGGCAGGAUGUCAUUUCAUACAUCACAGCAGGUGUCAAUGAAGCACGCAUUCUACGCGGAACCCCUGUUUCGUUCAGAGAAGAGAUUGUAUCCGUCAUGACGAAACAGGUUGAUGGAAGCGGUCAGUUCAUAUUGGCUAAAUUCAUGCUGGCCGAACUUGGGCGUGAGCGCCACGCGCGGGGUAUUCUCGAGAAACUGCAAUCCUACCCCCAGGAAAUCAACGGCAUGCUUCGACAAUCUGUUUUGAGGUUCUCGGAAACAAUCACUCAGGCUGAAGCAGAUGAUCUCAACGAAGUCUUGCGCUGGGUGGCAUGUGCGGAGAUGACGUUAACCCUGGAGCAGGUUGAGGUCAUCCUCGCUCUCAAGUUCGGUGACCCUCCCCUACGCCUAGAGGAGUCUCUCCGGACACAGCUCGCGGCCUUCUUUACUCUGGAGCGGGAGGACGGAAUGUCGACAGCCGAACUUGUCGAACAACACCAGCAAGAGAUGCAAGCAAUAGGAACUUCGGACACGCCACUACGACGCAGCCCGAACUCCCAAGGCCCGGAUGCCAUUGCGUUUCGGUCGAACAAGCACACCACAUCCGUGUCGUUCUUCCACGCAUCCAUUAGCGACUUCUUUCGCGAUGACUGUUCGACAGAUCUGCGCCUGUCAAGCGACCACCCCUCGAUUGGCUUUGAAUUCGCUGCGGCAAAGCUUCAUGUUCUUCUGACCUGCCUGCGCAUAUUCACAGAACCAAACUAUCCAGCGUUCGGCGCCCAGGGCUUGUCAUUGCAGAAGUACGCGGCCUGGUACUGGCAAGAGCACCUCGAGCACCUCGACAGAGACAGCUUGUCUCGUGAAGACAAAGCUCAGAUUGGCAAACUUCUUCAUACAAUGUUGACGGAGCGACCUGUCAUCCUGGCCUGGACAAAUUUGUUCGAGGAAGCCCUCGACAUCUGGACCGACGAGAACAUUGAGGUUGUCAGGACCUGGCUGUCAGAUCCAGACGUCGUCAGUGGACUCGCACCUGACGAGGUGGCCUGGGCUGCGGAAGCCGUCAAGACACGUUCUGGACCUCUGAUCCCAAUGGGCAGCGUCUUUGCUGAUGCCUGGCUCCAAGAAGACUUUGGCAUGUACAUGCCCACGCUGUUUUGCUUUGGUGUAGUGCAAUGCCUGGCGCUGAUGAGUCGCGGGCACAAGUGGUCUGACUCAGAUACACAUUGGGAGGACAUGUCGGUCGAGUCUCGCGUUCAGAUAGCGGCCAAGUGGGCAAGUCUGCCAAAGGGGGCCCACUGGUACCGAAGAAUCGGCAGUACUCUGCUUAACCUGGGCAAUUACGGCAAGGCGCUGCUCAAUUUCAGUCGCGCGAUGGAGCUUGAUCGCAAUAUUCAGGAGACGGCUGGCCGAAUGGGCAUCUGUUAUUACCGGGCCGGCGACUACCACAAGGCUCUUCGCUUUCAUCUCAUGGCCAUUACAGUCGACGAGAGGACGAUCAAGGACAAGAACGCAACGCCGGAAAUGGUGGCUGGCGCGCGAUGGCGGCUCUACAAGGCCUUGAAGGAGGCAUCAAACUGCUAUCGACAAAUGGGUCGCGUCGAGAGCGCGCUCACCUAUGGUCGCGAGGCCAUCAAGCAAGCGUACGACGCAAGACCUUUCGAGCCCGAGGCUGCAUUGAUGCGAGUUCUCGCCGAGAAUAACCGCAUCCCGGAAAUCAUGAAGCUUCUCAAGGAACUCGACGAGCGCUACACGGAAGAAGGGCACUCCCGGCUGGUAUGGUUUAUGCUCGACCAGAUCGGCUAUGAUUCGACGCGGGACUGGAUCCCUGAAGCUGCGGCCCGGACAAACAACACGGCGACAAUCGCACGGAGAUAUCAAGCGGCCAUUGCCUUGGCUCAGGACGCCCAAAACUCGCGGUCCGAAUUCUACCUUCGCAAUGCUCUUGGCCAGGUAUACCGCGCCGCUGGUGACUAUGACAGGGCCAUUGCCAUUCAGGAGGAGAUUUGCCAGGAGUGGAAGCCACGAGGCAGCAUUGCAGUGCGCGUGGAGUACGCCAACUCGUUCAAGAACCUCGCCUGUCUGUACUAUCUCAAGGCGCUACAGAGCGAUGCUACGCUGCGCACCGUGGCAGUGGACCCCUGGAUCGUCAAGCUCGAGGAGCUGCAGGCCCAGCAAAGCAAGCACCAGAACCGCAACGUUCCGCUCCACAUGGCAGGCUUUGACGUCAACGAGGCUUCCAUCUUUCUCGUGCUCUUCUACCGUUUCCGCGACCGGCCCGACGAGGCGCGCGAGCUCGCGGCAUCGCUUGUGGCGGAUCAUCUCGACAUUCUCGAAGAUGACGAGCCACAAAAUGACGAGAUCGGCAUUCGCAACCUGCAGCGAACCCUCAUCGCAGCGGGCGAUCUGGGCAACGCACGAGCGCUGUGGCAGUCGACGCGUACGCCUGUCAAUCCCGCUACUGUGUCAAGCAACCUCAUGACCGAGCGACGCGUCCGCUCGCCGCGACUAGGCGUCUCACCAAAGCGAGGGCGGGCCAGCGAGCUCAGCCUGGGCAAGGUCUUCUCCCCUACGGGCAACUUUACGCCAGGCCUCUCCUGCGACUACUGCCUGCGAAGGUUCGACAGCAAGGAGGAGUACGUUGUGUGCGUGUACUGCAUCGACACGCUCUUCUGCCUGCCAUGUUUGGAGAACGUCAUCAAACAACGAAGCUUCUCGCCGGGGCACACCUCGGCAUGCGGCCCGAACCACAGUUUCAUGAACGUGCCGCCGCUGCUGAAGGAGUUGUUACCAGGCGAGAUCAUGGUAGACGGACAGCUGCAGAGGUUUUCGGACUGGAAGAAGGCGCUGCGUCAGACGUUCCGAUCGGCGCGGGCGAGGCGGAGCGAGGGAAGUCCCCGGGGACUGGGAAUUCUAUGA